AUGACGUUGGAAGACUACGCUAACGCCUGUUUGUUUGGGCGGUAUGAGGUCAAAGACUGGGACGAACUCGGAUCUGCUGCUGAGAUAGAGCAGCGUCUUUACGAUCAUACGAUGGAGCUUGAGCUUGGAAUGCCUAGCUUUACUAAAUUAUACAUCCGUAAGACUGGUUCUCGUAUUCACUUCAGCCUACCCUCUGCUGAACCAAUACCCUAUUAUAGACUUCACAGAAACUUCACGAUAUCGACGGCGAACUUCGAAAAUAGCAUGAUUUGUCAAACCAGAUCGUUAACGUCUUUCCAAGUUCCUACCCUCUUUCCGUUCUUAAUCAUCAUCUAUUCCCCGCCACCAAACACAAACACCCAUACGUCUAUCAAAAUCUUAAGAACAUCUCGCACUCUACGCAAAACCGCUGAGGACAAUAGGGAAACUGACACAGUCCCUCCGAAUACUCACAACGAACUAGUAACACGUAUAGAAGGCCGAGAAAUUAAGUACGUCGAUGAGUGGAUGAGUGGAAGGGUGGCCGCUGAAUACGGUGCCGAGGAGUUGGAAUAUGGACCACAUUUUUGCUGUUUCAAGACAAAUGUGAGGAUGAAUUCUCCCGCAUAUAUGCCGGAUGGGAAUGCCGUCAGCAUCAGAGUAGCAGGAGGCUAG